GUUAUCACACAAAGCUGAUCAGUGAUAGACAAUACUGAACUAUUCAUAAGACUGUACUUUGUUUUACUUUUCAUUGCUUCUGCUGCACAGUUUAACUCCUCCUGGAACUGUGAUCCAUAAAUCGUCUUGUCCUUAAUCACCGGACGAAUCAGCUAGACCAGAGCUGCAAGUUGGGCGCAACUUUGAAUUCUGUGCUGGUUUGCGUCAGCUGACGUUCUCUAAAUAUCCUAGUUUAACCGGGACCAGGGUUUACUGUUAGGUGAAGUUAAUACGACGAGUUUCAACGGAACAGAUGAGGCUUUUAGAGACUUUUGUCAAAAGCGCAUGGAUGAGGAGGAUAACCGCGCCAGGACGACAGGACAACAACUGAGCCAAGAAAAUCCGUUCACUCUUUAGUCUAGGCUGCAACUGGACAGAGACCUUAAGUUGAUGUUGAUAAGAUACGGCCACCCAUUCUUCUUUAAUCUCAGUGCUUUAAGCUGCUUUGUGUUCGAUCCGCUGCCCACGCGCGCAGUUCAAAGCGCGUCUCGAUGCGCGUGAUUGUUUUACUCAAUCGGUUUGAAGGGUUCGGUCCAGUGCGUGGUGGCCGUCCGAACUGGACAAUUGGACACUUAAAUAUCUUCAGUUUUCCUGUCACAUCUUAAUAAAUGGGGAGCCUGGAUAAUUGUUCUCUAAGGGAUUGUGCAUUCUGUUAAACUCAUACCGCACCACUUGUUUUGAAAUCAGUAGACUACAUCUUACACAAGAUGUACAUCAUAAACAUGAUACUUUUGAAAGUGGUUCUUCCACUGAUGUCCAUCGUUUUGACACGAGGUGUUCAUGGUCAAAUGGUUCAGAUGGACAGCAGUAAGUCAGGAUUUGUGGGCACACAGGUAGAGCUACGCUGUCAGUUUGUCAACAGCAACCCACCUGUAAAAAUCUCACAGGUCACCUGGCAGAAGCUUGUCAAUGGCACCAAGCAGAACAUUGCCAUUGCCAAUCCAGCCCUGGGGGUGUCGGUACUGAACCCCUUCAAAGAGCGUGUGCAUUUCAAGAACCUGGCCAUCCGCCAGCGCACGCCAUCCCUGGAGGACACCACCAUAGUCUUCAGCAAACUAAAACUGUCGGAUGAGUCCACCUACAUCUGCGAGUACACAACCUUCCCAGCUGGCAACAGGGAGAACAUGGUUAAUCUCACUGUUUAUGCUCGUCCUAUGAUCCAGAUGAGUCUGUCCACACCCUCCAUAGCAGCAGGAACCAAAGAUCUGAAGAUGACUGUUGCCACGUGCGUUUCUGCCAAUGGGAAGCCACCCAGUGUGAUCACAUGGGAAACUGAUUUAGAUGGAGAAUCCAACACUCAGGAGAUACGCAACCCUGAUGGGACAGUCACUGUGCGCAGUGAUUUCUUGGUGGUUCCCAGUCGAGAAAUACACCAACAGUUGCUCACCUGCAUCUCCACAUAUAAUGAGGAACAAUACACAGACAGUGUGAUGCUCAACAUUCAGUAUGAACCAGAGGUGAUAAUAGAGGGCUUCGAUGGGAACUGGUAUUUGAACAGAGAAAACGUUCAGCUCACCUGCUUGGCUGAUGCCAACCCACCCAUCUCUUUGUUUCAGUGGAGAUACUUGAAUGGAACUAUGCCGAGUAAAGCAGAGCUUCGCGAUGAUGUGCUAAUCUUUAAAGGUCCCGUAACUUAUGACAUCGCUGGCACAUACAUCUGUGACGCCACCAACAGCAUUGGGACAGGCUCUGCGUCUGUUGAGAUCAUUGUCACAGAAUUCCCUAGCUACCUACACGAGGUGUCUCAGGAGCCACAGCAAGCAGGUGCCAUCAUUGGUGGAGCUGUUGUUUGUGGUACAGUGCUGUUGGCCGCUAUUACACUCCUGGUAGUGUUUUUCUAUCGCCGGAGAUGCAUGUUUAAAGGAGAUUACAGUACCAAGAAGCAAAUCCUUGGAAAUGGUUACAGCGUUGCUGGCAGCGCGCCAUCACACCCCUCGCUACCUCACAGUCUGACCUUCUCCGAAGACUCGGAUGAAGAGAAGAAGCUGCAAAUUUACAGAGGCUCCAAUACCUUAGCAAGAACUGUUCAGGAGUUCCAUUGCCAUGACAGCAGGAUGAAGGCCUACCACGCAGGACUGAUCGAGGACCAUGAGAGAUUCGAACGUAGCGAGCAGACUUACAUUUAUGAUUAUGGAUCUGAGGUGGAGGUCUCAGUGGACAUGAUUCCUCAGAUGGACGGCUCUGUCAUCUCUAAAGAAGAGUGGUAUGUGUAGAACUCAAGUCUUGGAGCUUCUCAGCAUGGUCCUUUUCCGCUAUCUUCUCGUUCCUUGCCAUCUCCUUCCUUUUGAGAAGGCUUUGGGAUUCAGACUGACAAUGGGUUCAAUUCACCUAGAGGACAUUGUUGAUAUGAAAAUCCAAACCAAUGGUGGAUGUUUGGAGAUUGACCAGAGAUUGGCCAUGUUGGUGACUUUGCCUGAUAAAAUGUCUCUGUUUCCAAAUCUAGCGAGCUGUUUACUGUAUCCAUCAUAAUUAUGCAUAGUUAUUUGCACAAUUAUGCUGCCUCUUGAAAUGCCUCAUUUUAGCUAAAAUCUAAAUACAAAAUCUCACAUAGAAGACUGUCCCAUAAUACACUGUCAUUAGUGAUAUACAUAUUUAAAUGUAAUUAAUUAUUUGACCAAAUAUUUGUGUAUGUUUAUGCCUAUGGAGUAUUGUGCUGUGAGCUUAGCAACAGGCUGACUUUAAACUCUAGUGAAGUCGAUUGUGGUCUGUGUUCUUCAGUGCGAAGCAUAUGUUUCUGCAUAUGUUGGCCACUCAGACUGAUCACUUUCACUUUCACUGUUUUUUAGGAUGCUGGCUCACAAGGUUUUCUAAAAGUGCUGUUAGCUUAGCAAUAUAUUAACUUCAAACUGUAUUUGAAUCAGAUAUGAAUUGCGUUCUCCCUUUCUGUGACACUAUAUUUCUAUCUUUGUUGGCAUCCCUAAUUGGUCACUGUUGUUCCGUCACAAGGUUUUGAACCAGUGUUGUUAGCUUAGCAACAUGCUAACUACAAACUAUAUUGACAUCAGUUGUUUGUUGUGUUCUGUGCUGAGUGUUUAUGCAUAUAGACAAUUGUGCUGUUCGCUAAGCAACAUGCUAACUUCAAACUUUAUUUAAAUCAUUGUGAUUUGUGUUCUCUAGUACAGAGCACUAUUUACAUGGCAUGCCGAGUUUCUACAUAUGUUGGUGUCUUAUCAGUUAUUUUCCAUUACGUUUUGAGACGUUGGCCGGCUAGGUUUUGUAACAGAGGUAAUAUCUCUAACAUAAUCUAAGGCAUUUGUUUGGAAGAGAAUACAUGUCUUGACAUUGCCGAUGUAAUUAGAAAGAAUUUUUGCCUCAGGAUAGUGUUUACUUUUAAGAGCAGUUGAAACUUCACUAUAACCUAUGAAGUGUGUCUUACACUGUGUGCAUUUUUUUGUGGCAGCAUUGCCAAGUUUUGUCAAACAUUGUUUUUUUUUUAAAUUAAAACUUAAUUUCUGGCUGCUUUAAUCGCAGGUUUCAUAAUACAGUACAAUAAACCGUACUUUCCUGGACUGCAGUAGACAAAAACCACCUAUAAAGAAUAUGAACAUGUAGAUAAUCACACAAAUAAUCUGUGUCUGUACAGUAGCUUUCAAGAGUCAGUGAUUUACUGCAUGUCUCAGUGGCUGCAAUCUACAAUAAGAGUUCACGUUUGAUAUUUGAAGUUAUUUAAGAUGAGAUAGGAACAUUGUACUAACAUUGUACUAAAUAAGUGCUUUCACAAAAUGAUAAACUAUUUGAAUGACACUGAGGAACAAACUGGUUGAAUGUUAAAUCGGUCUGUUGCAGGUGGGGUUCAGCUAAUGUACUUCCAUAUGAUGUGCUGUAAAAUUUGUAAUACCUUGUGUUUUAUGCUAAUUCGGAAGAUUUCUUUGGGAAGUUUCUUCAUUUGUAAAUUUCUUUUAGCAAAGAGGUCAUUUUCACAAUAAUAAAAUAAAUUUCUAUGUUGGUUCAGGACAGUUUGUAAAACACAUAAUUUGUUAACGUUGCUUAACUUAUUCAGGAAACCCUUGAUGUGUUUUUUUAUGUGUUAAAGUUUAUUAUCCUGCCAAGACCAACAUAUUCAUAUAUACAGUGUUUAUGUUUGCUGUUCUCCUGUUAUUUGUAUUUAUUGUGAAAGCACACUUGUUAAUAAGUCUUGUGAAUUCUCUGCUGAAAUAAAUAAAAAAGUCAGUUAAGAUAGUCAAGAUAAAAUUAAACAUUUUCUUUGUCUGAUUAUGAAUAAUGUUUUGUUUCUGAUAUAUCAGAAUCAAUAAAUGAACAAGCACAAUUUUCCAAGCAGAGCAAUUCAAGUGGUUCGUUUGGGGUCAUCUGAUCAGGACAUUCUUUGUGGUGUCAGUCACUUAUUUGUGGUUGGGUAUUGUUUCGAGUGGACACAUUAUGCCAUUAGCAUCUCUUUUUCAGCCAUUAGACCGCCCCACAACAUAUCCAGAUCCCCACAGUUGGCAUUUACAUCAUUGUUGUUUUAUGUACACAGUGCCAUGAGGGAAAUCUCCCAUGAAUCCCUUCCAUAGCAGCUCCAUUUGUUGGUUUUGGAGUUUGCACAAAAGAAGGGCAUGUGAGUCGGAUGUGUGUUUGUUUCUCAUCAACACAAAACAAUAAGACUACAAUACGAAUACAAUAGAGCUAUUCUCGUUAAUGUUAAAGAUAAAACAUGUUUCAGAGGCAUGUCAGGUUUGAAUACUUAAGUACAACUGAGUAUUAAAAAGUCAGUGACUUGUGUUAUGGAGUGUAUAUGGUGGAAUUAGCAAAGAGAUGCCCAACAUGU